AUGGGCAAGAAAGCGGCCAAGUCGACUCGUAAAUUCGCAAAAUCGGGAGAGCUGAAGCGUACUAUUCAGGCGAGAAGGAAGUUUAAGGCUGUGAAGGCUAAGACUCAGGCGAGAAAGGGGGCAAAGAGGAGUCAGAAUGAGCAUGACGAGGAGGAAGAAGAGGAGGAAGAAGACAUCGAGAGUCCCACCAAUAGCAAAACUGUAGAUGAUUUGCUAAAUGGGGAUUUAAUGGAUGAGCAAGGUGAUGAUGAGUCGGACGACGAGGAAGACGCCGAAUCUCUCGCCUCGAUGAACGAUGAAGAUGAAGAACAAGACGAAGAGGAAACCCACGCAAUGGAUCUCGCCCAACUUCAAAAAACCGACCCAGAAUUUUACAAGUACUUGCAAGAGAACGACCGUGAAUUGUUGGAAUUUAAACCUGAAGAAAUGGAAUUCGAGGAUGACGAGGAUAUGGAGGAUACCAACGAGAAACCCGUACUGACAAGCGAGAUUUUGAAGACUUGGCAAAGAUCUUUAAUUGAGACACACAGCUUGAGAACUCUGCGGAAACUCCUGGUCGCAUUCAAGGCAGCGGCAUAUAUGAACGACGAGGAGGUUGAGACGAGAUGGAAGAUCGAUAGUGCGGCAGGUAAACACAUUUCCACCUACUUUAUGCUCGUUCAGACUGACAUGAAGACAGUAUUCAACAAACUCGUAACAACCACUCUAAAAUACACACCGAUUAUUGCUGCCCACCACGCACCUUACAAGACUUUACCUGGGGAUAAGUUUAAACCCCCAACAACAAAUGCAACGUUGUCCAAACUUCUUCUAUCACACUUAUACAAUGCCAUCCGUCUCAUCGAGCAACUGCCCUCCAAUCCUACCGACGACGACGAAGAGGGUGAUGACAAUGACAAUGACACCCCCGAAUCAAAAUCUAAAAAAUCCAAGAAAGGCGACAAGAAGACUAAAAAAUCGAAAAAGGGAGAGUCGGACGAAGGCAGCAAAACUGCACUCGUAGAAUUGGCACUUGGCGAGACAGGAAAGUUGAUCCCUUGGGUAGUGGGAAGUCGAAAGGCUGUGAAGAUGUGGUUAAAAACAUGCCUUUCUCUCUGGUCGACGUCCGCAGAUUCAGUCCGCAUUAGCGCGUUCUUGGCAGUGAGGAGAUUAAGUCUAUCAGCCGACGAGGCGGUCGUAGAAUUGGUUUUGAAGCCUAAUCCCUUCACAACGGUACCAUCCUCUCCACAUCCACAUCCUUACAUCUCUACACCACCUCGCGACACACACCAAAACAUACAUCCCAAUCUCGUCGCACCUCCUCCCACUCUGACCUCCUACCUCUCCGCAUCCAAGCCAAAAUCCGCUAUGCUCAAACCCUUGGAUAUGGCGAGCACGAUCCGAGCACCAAGCGCGUACCUCAAGACCCAUGUGCUAGCUGAAAGCGUAGUCCAAGAAGCUGUCUGGUUGCUCGCAGAAAGUGUACCUUUGACGAGCGUUGCAUUUCCAGAAGUUGUAUUUCCUAUCGCAUCGACUCUCAAAAAGUCGCUCAAAAAGAAGUCUUCUGCAUCGGCCAAGGUUGUUCAAGGUGUUAAAGCCCUUGUUGAACAUUUAGAAGAGCAGUCGAAAUGGACGACUGAGCAAAGGAAGAAUGUUCAGUUCGGACCAGAACGAUGGGAGGAAGUGGAGAGGUGGGAGGAGGAAAAGGGGCAUGGAGGUCCAUUGGAAAGAUGGAUAAAAGUCUUGAGAAAACAGAGGGAGGGAAGAAGGAAGGUUGCGAGUGGGGUUGUGGAUACAUAG